AUGUCGUCAAAACCCGAGGAAGGCUCGGAGCAGAGUCCUUGGACCGGCGAAGCCAAGCAAAAAUUCGCAACGAAAUCGAAGAGCGAGUUUUACGAUCCAUGCCAGGAGGCGGCGCAGCGAAGCUACAAGUGCCUGUACAGAAACAACGGCGACAAAUCCAUGUGCACCGACUAUUUCCAGGCGUAUCGCGAUUGCAAGCAAGCUUGGACGGAAAAGCGAAAGAAGGAAGCUGGAAGUUUCUGGUGA